AUGAAGAGUUUUUUGUUUUUUGGCGGCGGGAUGGUGGGACAUCUCGGUCAUCACGGAGCGCACUACGAGACAAGAAGGAACACAGGCUUCUCUCCGCGGCUGGAUCUCCCAAGGACCGGAGUUUGGAAACAGGUUGGUGCUAAAAUGAGGAGUUUGCUUUUAGUCGCGCUUUUUCUCGUCUUAAAACUUCGCCACAGCCAGAGCAGAUGUGAGGAACCAGACGCGCGCAUAGCAAGUUCAGAACAGACCGUUGACCGCCUGGAGAAUCUUAAAAGAAACAUUCUGAAGAGAUACAGCGAUUUGGAUUAUGACAGCUUCGUGGGUCUGAUGGGCAAAAGAAACGCGGAACCAAGCCCAGUCCUGCCUCCAAAUAAGAGGGAAAUGCAUGAUAUAUUUGUUGGUCUAAUGGGGAGGAGAAACACAGAGCCUGAUAAUGGCCCCUGGAGGAGAGAGAGCCCGGAGAGGAGAGGGAUCCUUCUCAACAAAUGUAGACUGAGGUUUCUUCAGGGUCUGUAG